UGUCACACAAUAAUUUCAUUAAAAAUAUUUUAAAAAAAAAAUCAAUGGCGGAGGAUCAAGCAACGGCAGCGAUGGAAACAUCGAAGGUGGAGGAGAAGCAGCCAGAGACAAAAGAGGCUGAAGCACCGGGAGUGACGACGACAAAAAGGAUCAUCGUUGCAAUCGACGAGAGCGAUUCGAGCUUCUACGCUCUUCAAUGGGUCAUUGACCAUUUCUCUACCCUAUUAAUGACCACUGAGGGGGCUGAAGCGGAAGGUGGGUUGCUCACGGUGGUUCAUGUUCAACCUACGUUCCAUCACUUUGCUCCUUUUCCGGCUGGACCCGGCGCAACAGCAGCUGUGUACCCACCUUCGUUGAUGAUAGAGUCGGUGAAGAAAACAAAACAGGAGACCUCUGCAGCGCUUGUCUUGCGUGCACUUCAAAUGUGCCGAGCCAAACAGAUACGUUCUGAAACUCUGGUGUUUGAAGGCAAAGCAAAGGAAAUAAUUUGCCAGGCGGUGGAGCAAAUGCACGUUGAUCUUCUUGUCGUCGGUAGUCGUGGCCUUGGCAAGAUCCGAAGAGCGUUAAUUGGGAGCGUUAGCGAUUACUGUGCUCAUCACGCUAACUGCCCCAUCCUUAUUGUGAAGCCACCAAAGGAGAUUACUAGUUAAUCAAAACAAGUUCUACGUGUUUGGGUAAAUCUUAUGAAGAGUAUGUGUCGUUCCUACGUGUGUGUGCGUGUGUUUGAAUAUAUUUAAACUUGGAUCGAUCAUCAAGAAUUCAAGAUGCGUUUCUGUGUGUUUGAAAAGUAAUGGCAAUAUAUGAAUAGAGUCGAAUAAUGAAACGAAGUAACUUGUAGUUUUUCGCUUGUGUGCACCUAUUAUUGUAUAUUUUCCUUGUAAUCAUAUUGAACUCUUCAAGAUUAUAAUUACCCAAGAAUUUCGUUCUCA